AUGACUGGUAUCCUCAACGGUAACGGACCUUCUGCCGAGCUCGCUCCUGGCCACUUCCUCUUCACCUCUGAAUCAGUAGGUGAAGGUCACCCCGACAAGAUCUGUGAUCAAGUCUCAGAUGCUAUUCUCGAUGCUUGUCUUGCCGAGGACCCUUUCUCCAAGGUCGCUUGUGAAACCGCCGCUAAAACCGGUAUGAUCAUGGUUUUCGGUGAAAUCACCACCAAGGCCCAAGUAGAUUUCCAAAAAGUCGUCAGAGACACCAUCAAACAAAUUGGUUAUGAUUCUUCCGACAAAGGUUUCGACUACAAGACCUGUAACGUCCUUGUUGCUAUCGAACAACAAUCUCCUGAUAUCGCCCAAGGUCUUGACCACGGUGGUUUAGAGAGUAUCGGUGCCGGUGAUCAAGGUAUCAUGUUCGGUUACGCUACUGACGAGACCCCCGAGAUGAUGCCCCUCACCAUCAUGCUUUCCCACAAACUCAACUCCGCCAUGGCCGCUGCCCGACGAGACGGUUCAUUAGGAUGGUUGAGACCUGACUCGAAGACUCAAGUCACUGUCGAGUACAAGAAGGGUGAAGAUGGAGCUAUGAUUCCUCUCCGAGUCGACACCGUCGUCAUCUCCACUCAACACGCCGAGGAAAUCUCCACCGAAGAUUUACGUUCAGAGAUCUUGGAAAAGAUCAUCAAAAAGGUUAUCCCCAAGAACCUUUUAGACGACAAAGUCGUCUACCACAUCCAACCUUCAGGACGAUUCGUCAUUGGUGGACCUCAAGGUGAUGCCGGUUUAACCGGACGAAAGAUCAUUGUAGACACCUACGGUGGUUGGGGUGCUCACGGUGGUGGUGCCUUCUCCGGAAAAGAUUGGUCCAAAGUAGAUCGAUCAGCAGCUUACACCGCUCGAUGGAUCGCCAAAUCCCUCGUUGCCGCCGGUCUCGCCAGAAGAGCCCUCGUACAACUUUCUUACGCUAUCGGUGUAGCAGAACCUUUGUCAAUCUUCGUUGACACUUACGGAACUGGAAAGAAAUCAGAUGCAGAGCUCGUCAAUGUCAUCAGACAAAACUUUGACCUUAGACCUGGACUUAUCGUCCAAGCUCUUGAUCUCCAAAAACCUCAAUACCUCAAGACCGCCGCAUACGGUCACUUUGGCAACCCCGCUUACUCAUGGGAGAAACCCAAGCAACUUCAAUUCUAA